AUGCUUCCCAAGCUUUUCCUUGCUGGAGCCUUUGCCUCGCAGGUCUUGGCCUCCCGUCUCCCGAUAUGGCAGAGGGACGGAGGUAUCGAGAGCUACCAAGGACCAGGAAAAUUCGUCCGGGACCUGAAAAGUCGUAGCACUGCCCCUUCUCUGCGCCCACGGACCAGCGACUUGCACACUAGAGAUGUUGACCAAGACAAGGCUGAGAAGCUUCUUGGUCCGGAUAGCAUAGUAGACUGUCCACCCAAUGGUCUAACAGACUGGGUCAGUGCUGUUGGUGCUGCAACCCUAUUCAUCAGCAGUCUCGGAGGCGCCCCUGUCACUAUCCAGCCAGGAGCCUGUUUUCACCAAGAGGUCGAGCAGACCAUGGCUCAAGUGUGCAACAAGGGCACCAGCCCCGUCGAGGUCACGCCCGCGCAGGCCGCAGUCGGUUUCGAUGUCAUUGAAGAGACCUGCACCAGCCAAAAGUCCUCUGGCACAAUUCGCACUUCUGCCGGCGUUCAGUAUGCCAUCUACGCCAAGGUCCCCAUUAGCGGUCGCAAAGUAGACAAGCGUGGUAGACCGGUCAAGCGUUGCCUCGACUCGGGGACACAAGAAGUUACCGGGUGCGAGGACACUGUCUGCAGCCCUGCUAUUGAGAUGAACGGGAGCGGCGACUGCCCCAAUGUUGGCAACGACGAGACGGACGGGUGCUCCUACUACUGCGAGGUCAAGGCGGCCAAGUACUACGGAGUAGCAGAGGUGUAUGACGAUACAAGGUACUGUGCUGGCAAUGACUGCUACCUUGAGGAAGGCGAAUCCUUCACGGUUGAAAAGUCGUUGUCAGUCAGCUUUGGCCUGGAGGGAGAAGGUCCCUUGGAAUCCGUUCUCAGUGCCGGCAUCAGCUUCGGAAUCGCUGUCUCGGAAACGACCUCCAUUACCCAGGGUUUCAACUUUGGUGAGGGUGCUUGUGGUUGGUGGUACAAGGCUCCAGUGAUGUUGCACAGCUGCGGCACUUUGUCAGAGUACGAACCAAACUUUACAGGCGGAGAAUUCGGACCCCUUGUGUGCUUGAAGGAUGCGCCGUUCUCCAAGACGACCGCCAAUGCCUGCAGUGACAUUCAAGCCACGUCCAUCAACAGCGACGAUGCAGACGUGCUGGUUAUUCCCAAGUGGGUCAACUGUGGCGAUAGGUCUGAUGUUCCUGAUGAUCAGAACUCGGACGCAUGGAAGGACUGCUACAGUGGUCAAAAUGAUGAAGUUCAUUCCUGCUAA